AGCGGCGGCGGCGGCAGUAGAAGCAGUAGCAACCACAACCACAGCAGCUGGAGGACCCACGACGCAGGAGACGACAACGACGGCGGCGGAGAGAGGGGCCUGGAGCCGACCCUGACUCCCUCGUCUCUCCCGUCCCGGGAGGUAGAGCGCCCGAGCCCAGGCCCCCCCUCUCAGCCAUGAACCUGGCCAGUCAGAGCGGGGAGGCCGGCUCCAGCCAGCUGCUCUUCGCCAACUUCAACCAGGACAACACAUCCUUAGCUGUUGGGAGUAAAUCUGGUUACAAAUUCUUCUCCCUUUCUUCUGUGGAUAAGCUGGAACAGAUUUAUGAAUGUACUGAUACAGAAGACGUGUGUAUUGUGGAAAGAUUGUUUUCAAGUAGCCUGGUGGCCAUUGUUAGCCUCAAAGCUCCACGAAAACUAAAAGUCUGCCAUUUUAAGAAGGGGACUGAAAUAUGCAAUUAUAGCUAUUCCAAUACAAUAUUGGCAGUCAAAUUGAAUAGACAGAGGUUGAUAGUAUGCCUAGAAGAAUGUCUAUACAUACACAAUAUUCGUGAUAUGAAGGUACUGCAUACAAUCAGGGAAACUCCCCCAAACCCUGCAGGUUUGUGUGCACUGUCAAUAAACAAUGACAACUGUUACUUGGCUUAUCCUGGGAGUGCAACUAUUGGAGAAGUACAAGUCUUUGACACCAUUAAUUUGAGGGCUGCUAAUAUGAUACCAGCUCAUGAUAGUCCCCUAGCAGCUUUGGCUUUUGAUGCAAGUGGUACCAAACUUGCCACAGCUUCUGAGAAGGGAACUGUUAUUAGAGUAUUUUCCAUUCCAGAAGGACAGAAAAUCUUUGAGUUCCGGAGAGGAGUAAAGAGGUGUGUAAGCAUCUGCUCUUUGGCCUUCAGCAUGGAUGGAAUGUUCCUCUCUGCUUCCAGUAACACUGAAACAGUGCACAUCUUCAAACUUGAGACUGUGAAAGAGAAACCUCAGGAGGAACCCACUACCUGGACUGGUUACUUUGGGAAAGUUCUUAUGGCCUCUACUAGCUAUUUGCCCUCCCAAGUAACGGAAAUGUUUAACCAGGGAAGAGCAUUUGCUACUGUCAGACUACCAUUCUGCGGUCACAAAAAUAUCUGUUCACUUGCCACAAUUCAGAAGAUUCCCCGAUUAUUAGUAGGAGCUUCUGAUGGUUACUUAUAUAUGUACAACCUGGAUCCUCAGGAAGGAGGGGAAUGCACCCUGAUGAAACAACACAACCUUUUGAAAGAAAUAGAGGAGGAAAAAUUUUUCCUAGACUGA